UACCUAAUGAGUCAAAUAUCUAACGGUCCAGAUGGAUUAUUAGGUCCAGAAAAGAUGAAACUGGGUCCACAAGUGUCAGUGACAUGGUGCUAACCUGCACCGAGUUGAGACAGAUUAACCUCAACCCAAAACGAAAGAUGCUUGAGAAUAUUCCAUUGCUGACCUCCUCUCCUCAAAGUUGCCCAGAGACGCCCCUCGGCUAUCCCAAGCCGAUUUGGAUGAAGCCACCCUUUUCUAUACAUCUCGGACUCCCUGUACACUUUGAACCUACCCGACACUUCGAAACUUCCCUACACCUGUGUAUAUAAAUAUACAUAUUCCCUCUCAAAACCAAACCACCGAAAAAGCCUUGGCUUUAACCCGUAUCUCGUUAGCUUCUUUAAACUUUGAACCAUGAAUUCUCCAUUGACACUGCCCCUCUCCGGUCAAGAACAUGAUCUUAUUGAGAAACUCGAAGUUUUCAAGAUCGAAGGACGCGACAAAAGGGGUCAUAAAGUGCUCCGCAUCAUCGGUAGACUUUUUCCAGCUCGGCUUGUGAGUACGGAGGCUUUCAAGAAAUAUUUGGGGGAGAAGAUCUUUGCCAACUUAGGGGAGCGGCCGUUCUCCGUGGUGUACGUGCACACGGGUGUGCAGAGAGCCGAAAACUUUCCCGGAAUCUCGACCCUACGGUCAAUCUAUGAGUCUAUUCCGACCAACAUCAGAAAUAAUCUAGAGGCUGUUUAUUUCGUACACCCGGAACUGCAGGCCAGACUCUUCCUUGCCACCUUUGGGCGUUUGAUUUUCAGCGGAGGGUGGUAUUGGAAGCUCAAAUACGUGAACAGGGUGGAGUUUCUAUGGGACCACGUGAGAAGAAACGAAAUUGAGAUUCCGGAAUUUGUAUAUGAACAUGACGAGGAGCUGGAGUACCGUCCGAUGAUGGACUACGGGUUGGAGAGCGAUCACCCUCGAGUCGACGGUGCACCCUUUGCAGACUCUCCGGUGCCCAUUUAUUCCUUGAGGUGUAUUGCAUGAUAAGAUGAUGGGCCCUCCGGCGGGUCUUCUUGUUUGAAGCAGGAUGGAUGUACAUAUGCAUGUGUCCUCUGUUUUUCUUUUUCUUUUUUUCCCCCUUUUCCUUUCAGAAGAAUAUAGGAAGUCUAGGACCUUUGAUCUUACUGUACAAAGUACAAACAUAAAAAUUGAAACUAGAGAUAAUGCCGUGUUUAAGACGUGCGUAGUUGCGGGAGAAUCGGUCUCCACGUGGAAAAUGAAAUAUACUAUUUUAGUCAAGUACUUAAACCAAUCGUUUCGUCUCAAAGAGAUCUCUCUCCCUUCAUCUUCCCACUAGCUCUUCCUCCCUUCAUCUUUCCACCUCUUCCUUCCCACGAAGCUCUGCCUCUCCAUUUGCACCGUUGUUUAACCAUGGUCUUCCUACCAAGCACUGCCUUCCCACAAAGGGAUGCCUUUCUCUACCUUCGUCUUUCCACCCUUAUCUUCUCACGAAGUCGUGCCUCUUCCUCCCACGGUUCAUUUAUCGUCGUUCACCCUUCUUUCUUGCAAGAUCUGUUUCUUUGGUAGUGUUUCCGUCACCCUUAUUCAACCCAUGAAGCUUUCAUUUUUUCCCUUUCUCCAAAUCGAUAUUCUACACUUUUCAGAAUUUUUGAAAAAGAAUUCUGUGAGAUCCUCUAUCAUGUUAGUCAAUCAGUAACUAUUUUAGUAAGCUACUUUUAUAAGAUGGAUGAUUACCGCUCUGGGUAUUACAGAA